AUGCCUGACUCUUCUUCUCCAAUGGACUAUUACAAAGUGCUAGGCGUCGAUUCGUCGGCAACAGAUGCUGAGAUACGCAGAGCGUACAAAAUUGCAGCAUUGGAAACGCAUCCAGAUCGCGUCCCGGUGGCCGAGCGCGAAACUGCUAAUCGUCGGUUCCAACAGGUGAAUGAAGCGUAUUAUGUGCUGAGUGACCGUUCGAGACGCCGUGAUUACGAUAGACAACGUGCAGAGACCAACUCGACAUCCGGAGCGACUGGUGCAGCGGGUGCAGGAGCGAAUCCGUUUGGUUUCCAGAGCUCGUUCACCGAAGAGCAAUUUCGACGCAUGUACAACGACUUGUUCGCAGAAACACAGCCCUCAGAAGGAAAACCAGGCCGUUUAUGGACAGUUCUGGGUGGUCUUUCAGGCACAGUGAUUGGUUUCAUCACGUUUAACGUGCCCGGUGCUCUUGCUGGUUCUGUAGCUGGUGCCAAACUUGGCCACAUUCGGGACACUCACGGAAAGAGCGUGUACGAUGUCUUCAAGAGUCUUCCUGCCGCCGACAGAGCCCGUGUUCUUACUGAAAUGUUGCAAUUCCUUUUGAGCCAUCGCAAGCCAAUUUAG